AUGGUAGAGGCAACACUGCUGCCAGCAGCCAUGGACGAAAAAUACGUCACUCAAGUUUGGGAAAUGUUAAAGAAAGCCAUUCAAGAGAUUCAGAGGAAAAAUAACUCUGGUCUGAGUUUUGAGGAGCUAUACAGGAACGCAUACACAAUGGUGUUACAUAAAUAUGGCGAAAGGUUGUACACAGGAUUAAAGCAAGUUGUAGAAGAUCAUUUAAGGAAUUAUGUUCGGGUUAAAAUCGUGGAGUCAUUGGAUUCAGGAAACUUUUUGGAGGUCAUUAAUGAAGCAUGGAGUGAUCACACAACUGCUAUGGUGAUGAUACGUGAUAUUUUGAUGUAUAUGGAUCGUGUAUAUGUAGAGCAAAACAAAGUUGAGCAAGUUUUUCACCUGGGAUUGGCGAUUUUUCGUGAUCAGGUCCUUUAUCAAGAUUUUAUACAUCUCCAUCUAAGAACGACGAUGUUAUCACUCAUUCAACAAGAGCGACGUGGAGCAGUUGUGAAUUGGUAUGUUAGCCUUCUGGGUGGCAUUAAGAGUGCCUGUCAGAUGUUAGUUGCCCUUGGUAUCCACUCCCACGAUGUUUACGUCGACGAAUUCGAGACACCGUUCCUCGUGUCAACGGCAGAAUAUUAUCGAUGUUUGAGCAUGUGCUUUUUAGGGUCAAACAGUGCCAGUCUGUAUGUAAAGAAAGUCGAACAAUGCAUUCGCGAAGAAUCAGAAAGGGCAAAGCGAUAUCUCGAUCCUCAAACGGAGGGAAAAGUUCUUGAUGUCUUGGAGAACGUCCUAAUCAAGGAACACAUGUAUACAAUUGUUAAUAUGGAGCAUAGCGGUGUACACGCGAUGUUGGGCAACGAUGAAUUUGAUCAAUUGGCAUCACUUUAUGGUCUACUUCAACGAGUGGAGAAUGGCUUAGCGGUCAUGGCUGAUGCAAUGAGCAGUUAUCUACGACAAACAGGUACUGCGACAGUCAGAGAGGACUGUGAGAGAACUCCUGUUGUGUUCAUCGAAGAUCUGUUGGAAUUGAAGGAACGAUUUGAUGAAUUCUUAUUGAUGUCUUUCCAACGCGAUAAGAUGUUUAAAAAUAGAAUCCAAACGGAAUUCGAGACAUUCAUUAACCUGAACAAAAAUAGUCCCGAGUAUCUUUCGCUAUACAUGGAUGAAAAACUUCGCAAGGGAUUGAAAUCGGAGAACGACGAAAAUGCCGAGAAACUAUUAGAUAAGGCUAUGGUGCUGUUCCGUUUCUUGCAGGAAAAGGACGUCUUCGAAAAGUACUACAAGCAGCACAUGGCGAGACGUCUUCUACUCGAUAAAAGUAUAUCUGACGACAUGGAAAGAAUGAUGAUCAGCAAGCUCAAGGCGGAAUGUGGAUGUCAUUUUACGCUUAAGUUGGAGAAUAUGUUCCGUGACAAGGAAUUAUGGACAACGCAAUCAAACGCUUUCAAGGAGUUUCGGGAAUCGUAUAUACGAGGUGCUGGAUUAAUGGAUAUCUCUGUACGUGUAUUGACGGCGGGCAUAUGGCCAACACAAAGUGUUCCAGUCUGCAUACUUCCGCCAGCAUGUGAAAUUGCCUUCAAUAUGUUCAGUAACUUUUACGUGAGUAAGCAUAACGGUCGAAAACUUACUCUGAACACUAUGUUGGGCACGGCUGACGUCAAAGCUGUGUUUUACGGAACUGCUUCACAGAAAAAGCCGGGAACCUCUGAAUCGUCUGAAGUGCGUAAGGAAGAGAACAAAAUUUUAAUGGUUAAUACUCAUCAAAUGGUCAUACUCAUGUGUUUCAAUAGUCAACCACGCCUCACAUUCCAAGCCCUUUUGAACAACACAAAUAUAAAUGAGAGAGAACUCAAACGAAAUCUGCAAUCACUUGCAAUGGGGAAGCCAACUCAGAGAGUUUUGUGUCGAAAAGGAAAAGGAAAAGACAUUGAUGCAACGGAUGAAUUCUUUGUCAAUGAUAACUUUCAAUCAAAAUUAACUCGGAUCAAAGUCCAGCUGGUAACAUUCAAAGGGGAAUGCGAACCAGAGAAGAAAGAAACCAGAAGCAAGGUAGAAGACGACAGAAAACACGAAAUUGAAGCGGCCAUUGUUCGUGUUAUGAAAUCAAGGAAAGUAUUGCAUCACAAUAAUCUAAUCACAGAGGUCACGCAACAGUUGAAGCAUCGUUUUCUCCCGAACCCAAUUCUCAUCAAGAAAAGGAUAGAAUCUUUGAUUGAACGAGAUUACUUAGCGAGAGAUGCUCAAGAUCUCAAAUUGUACAACUACGUUGCGUAA